AUUGUGAUAGAUGGCUGCUCUGUUACGCAUUCCAAGCUCACGGUAAGGCUGGGAAAUGGCACCUUAUCUGUGGGAUUGGAUGUUAGAGUGGGGGAAGGGUAACGGGAGAGGUGCACCUGAGGUGAAUUAGACUCUCACACGGGACGAAGUUAAUGCACAUUCCUCGGCACCCCGAACGGGGUUCACUUGGCCAGGGACACAGAAGCCCCAUAGAAGCAAGACGCCUGGUGUCAGCCUCAGGUCAGGAGGAAAAAGAGGUCAAACCACUCCCCCGCUUCAAUAAACACUCCAUUUUCUGGAUUGUGGCUUCAGUAGUUGUGACAUACUACGUGGAUUUCCUCCGACACAUCAUGGAAAAUGAUGAUAUCAAAGGUUGGUGGUUCACUGUUGGUCUGUUACUCCUGGGGAUCUGCUUGUCUCUGGCCACGUUUUGCAUUGUGUACUUGGAGUGGUACAAAGGCAUCCAGCACUAUGACCAAGAGUACCCUGCCAUUCCUCCAAUCACCACUGCAGCAUUUAUCGCUGCAUCAUGCAGCUUUAACAUUGCAUUAUGGCCAGUGUGGUCCUUCUUCACUCCACUCAUCCUCUUCACACAGUUCAUGGGUGUGGUAAUGUUCAUCUCUUUGCUUGGAUGAAUAGGAAAGGUGGGACAGUGUUCUUUGUUUUUGUUUUUUUAAAUAACUAUACUGUGGGAAUUUUAAUUUUCACAGAGUGUCUUUUUAUCAAUCUGUUGACAUUGUAUUGUCUUUUGGACACAUCUUCAAAACGGCAAAAAGUUUUAAGUACUAAAUUAAAGAGAGACUGCAUUGUUCAGCACACUAUGUUAAUUGAAAUUAUUGGCAAUAAAGGUUAGAAUUUUCUUAACUAUUUUGUUGUUGGAUAUGUCGCCAAAAAACACAUCUUUCAUUGAACCUUAUGCUUUAUAUAGCACAGUGUUUCCCAACCACUGUGCUGCGGCACAUAGGUGUGUUGUGGAAGAUUAUCUGAUUCCACCUGAUUAGUACUCUAAGCCAGCGAUUCCCAACCUUUUUGGCGCCACAGACCGGUUUAAUGUCAGACAAUAUUUUCACGGUCUGGCCUUUAAAUUGUCACGGAUAUAUACAACAAAAUAAAAUGAUACAACCAAGACAAAAACUGUGGUAUUUGUUAAAUAUAAAAAUAAACGUGAAUUCACUGUCUAAUCGUGUAACUUAAUUAGCAGCGUUGUCCUGAAAUGCGCCAACAACAUUGAAAGUAACAUCCUCUCUGCCCCUUAAUUCUCGCUGGUCGCCAUGGUAACGUGUAAAUAUUUCUUUCAAAAUAAGACACACAACUACAACACCGCAGCCCAGUACCAAAUGAAUGCGGGUCCGUGGCCUGGUGGUUGGGGACCGCUGCUCUAAGCGAUCAACAUGAGUAAUGGGCAGAACAAUUAUAUUCUCUUCCACUAGAGGGCAGUACAACUACCUGCUCUAAUUAACUGGGUUGCCAACUGCCAGUAAAACAGAAGAAGACCAAGAAAAAAUUACAUAAUAGUCUGGAGAAAAUUCCAACUCAGAUGAAGACCCUAGCAUAAGUAGUGGUCAAAAGAAAGCAAAAAAAGGUAUACUGGGGACAAACCGAGCCAAUUCCACUAUCCCUGGUGCAUGGGGAAAAAUUAUCAAUAUGCUUUUUGUGACGUUUUUGUUUGGUUGUGUGCCGUGUGAUUUUUCUAAUGUGAAAUAUGUGCUGUGGCUCCAAAAGGUUGGGAAACACUGAUAUAGCAAAUAAUGGAUUUUUAUGUGGUGGCUGUCCAAGGUGAAUUUAUGCAAGUUCUAAAUGUAGAACCUUCUAGGAAAAAAUAAAUUACAUGUACAGCAGAAAUUUUCUUCUAAGGUUUUUGCAAGUAAGUACACUGACUGUGCAAUAAUGGUAUAAUAGCUAUUUAAAUUCCUUCUGUUUUAUCUCUUUAUCUUUCAUUUAUUAAGUCUCACUUAGCUUACGUGUAUACACUUACCAGCCCUCGUUUUUUAGCUUGAACCAUUUUUACCACAUGAAAAGCAUUAGUGGACUUGAAUUUCAUUCAGACCUGCCUCACUAUCCCGCAACCUUUUCAAUUCAGAAUCCUUCCCUUGUUUGAUUUACUGUACUUACAUGCUUUGACACCAUCUUUCAGUCUCCAUUGUCAAGACAAAGCACCAUACACUGAGUGAUAGGUUUUUUGUUUUUGUUUUGUUUUUUUAAUAGAGCUGCUCUCAAUGCGUCCAAUAUCAUUUUGCUUUUUUGUGGUUUCAGUCUUUUUCAUUUGUCUGAGGAAUCUUUGAGUCUUGAAAUGCAUUACAUAAAAUAGCAGCAUUAGUAAGUCCCAAAACAAGCUAGAGGUACAUGAAAUGUCUAGCAGGUAAGGAGCCUGAACUAGUGAGUGAAGUUGAUCCAUAGUUUGAUGGGAUUGGAGUAACUUUGAUGCAUAUUUUGGGCAGUGCAACCAGUUUAAUGUUGAGGGGAUGGAAUAGACUGGAUAUUUUAUUAUUAUUUUGACUGGUUAAACACAAGGGAGCAAGGUUAGGGGGGUAAUUAAACUUAAUACUUGGUGGCAGGGCUCCUGAGGUAGAUACGAUUACCCUAAAUGUCUAGAGUUAUUUAGCUGUGUUGGAUGAUAAAAUUCUAUGUGGCAUUAGCAUGUAAUGCUUUUAACGUGGAUUUCCCUCUUCAAAAACGGGGACCGGAGGGAAUGUUCUAGGGAGGUCUUUGGAUGGGUCUGCCAAGGUUCUGGGGCGUACGUCUGCUAGUCAAAUCUUGGAUUCAGCAGCACUGUGGUUUUCGUUGUUUCAUGGAUCACUGGACCAGAUCUUUGUCUUCUGAAGGAUAUUUGAAGCAAAGUUGACCAAUAAGCCUGUAUGUGUUAUGUAAACUUGGAGAACGAAUUCAGCCUUGUUCACUGGGGGGGGCCUUCAUGAAUAUGGUAGUGUAUACCAGGCCCUUUGGGAUAUCUGGCUAUCCGGUUCCUGUAUUACCACAAUGGUUUGCAUUGUUGGCAAGUCAAACCUUCUCUCAGUGGGGGUUGCACUCAGCCAUAUCUGCCCUUUGUCACAAAUCCUGUUCAUAUCCUUUAUGAUCAGAAUUCAUAGUUGCAGCCAAGGGAUGUCAGGUUUGGUGGUCUUAGCAUUAAGUCUUUCCUUUGUGUAGAUAGUGUAGUUCUGUUGACUUCAUUUAGGCCAUGCGAUUCAGCUUGGACUGGGGCAGUAUGAAACAAGUACAUGUGAAGAAGCAUUGUUGUUGAACCAGUAAUCUCUUAAGCUUAUUCUUUUUGUCUGUAAUGGACCUUUUUGAGAGCAGCUGUUUUGAUACGAGUAGAGUGAACACAGGUGUUACUAAUGACAUGAAUUAAGCUUGUGUGCAGACAUCCACAUGCACACUUUUUUCCUCAAGUACAUUUUGAAACAUAUGUCAGUCAACAUGACCCCCCCCCCCCCCCAAAAAAAAAGCAAAAACAUAAAACAAUCUAUAAAAAAAUAAAAAAAUCCAUGAACACAGAAUCGUUUCUAGUGGUAUGCCACCAGUAGGGGUGGUCCAGAUAUGGUGUUACAUCAGUAGCAAGCUACCACCUAAGGGUGAAUGGAAUAUUCCACCAGUUAAUGUUCUUCUUUUUUUUUUUCUUUUUUUUUUUCUUAAACCUAUUGUUCAGUGGGAAUGGUACACUGGUGAUAUUUGGUUUGGCCUGCAAACUUUUCAUAUCUUUUUAAAUAACCUGAAUUACAAUAUAAGCUGUCUUUGGAGUAUAGCAAGGUGAGACUAUAUUUAUUGGGCCUCAAAAUCAUAAAAGAUCACAAAGUCACAUGUGACAUACGUGUGUAACCAACAGAGAGUUAUUGUAGUACAGGCCGACAGCUUCCAUCUGAAGUGGCUUACAAAAAUGUUCCCUUUUGGUAAAUUCCAAUGAGUCAGAAGACGCUGACCAGUAAAAGGGAUUUGAAAUAAAAUCUGAGGAAAUGGUGUCACAUUUUCAAGAACACGGAUAUGACAACACUACCCUGCAGAAAUCGUACACUAUAUAGCCUUGGACAGGUGAAUGUUACCACACAGUAAUGGUCGGAAACCAACCGAAGAUAAUUAGUAUUUGUCUCUACAUGUAUUACAGAGGUGUCGGAGGGGAAACCCUCAAAUAAUUUGUAGGAAUUAGAGUGUUAUUGAGAGUUAGCCAUGAUCUAAUGAGCCAAAUCUUCCCUAAACCCGCCUUAGUUUCAGAAGAUCUUAGAGUCUAUGUCACAAUCCGGUAGGUGAAAGAGAUACAAAAAGAAAUGUCAUAUGUGACACCAGCUACAGGUUAAGACGAGUAACUUUGUAUUUUUCUGAUAAGUCAGUCUUGUGUUCUUGUCCUUGUCUGAUUUUAAUUGAAUUUGGAUGAACAUUUGAACUUGAUGUUGACAUUUUCUUUAGGCUCUUCCAUCUAGUUCUGAAGGCUUUUCCUGAUAGUUGAGCUUCACUGGUAGAAUAUUUCACUCAGGCUUAGGUGGAAGCUUGGUAUUGGUGGAAAACAAUAAAAACUGUUGGCAACCCCUAUUGGUGAAAUACCACGAGAAAAUAUUGUGUGUUUAUGGACUCCGUUUUAUUCCCCAAGGAAGGCCUGUGCGCCGAAACAUGUUGGAGUUUUUACAUGACAUUGUUUUGAAAAUAAAGGCAUUUUAAUUUUAUUUUUUAAAAAGGAGUGCCUUGGAGUUUUUUGACAUUUAUGUUUAUGUGUUUAUUGAUAGUAUUUAUGCAUCCCUUCCAAAGAGCACCUCAAAUAGAAGUGAGUGGAAUCCAGGAACCACUUCUCCUCAAAAACAUUUGAACCGAGAAUAAAUCAACAGCCAACAUAGCGCACAGUCCAAUGUCAAAAGAGAUGAUGUAGGCACACAUCUUUGACAAUAUCCCUUUUUGUUUGCUACAUAAAUGGAGAACCUGAGCUUUUGAAAAUCUUUAUCCUGGGAAGAGUUUUUCAGAGAGUCUGUUUUCAUGGAUACAAAAGGUGAAAAUGCAUAGAAAAAGCCACGCUUACCAAAAUACCAAAAUGUAGAUGUAGGCAGCCUAAAAGGAAGUGAGCAAGUUUGGAAAUUCGCUUUUUUUUUUUUUCUUUUCCCUUGUCACAUGUUCUCAGAUUCUUUCUCACCAUGUCAAAUAUUCAAUUUCUGUAUGCAACUAAUAUUUUUUUAAAUAUUCAAUAUUCAGACAUUUCUCAAUACUUGUCUUGUUGCUUGAACACUGAGUUGAACAUUGAGUGAUGGCCAGUGUGGUCCUUAUUCACUCAUCCUCUCCACACAGUUCAUGGGCGUGUAAUUAUAUUCAUCUCUUUGCUUUAUGUUUCUGUUUUUUUGUUUGUUUGUUUGCUUGUUUUUAACUGCUGUAAAGAUUUUAAUUUUCAAUGUCUUUUAUCAAACAAUUGAGAUUGUAUUGUCUCUGUGUUAAAAAUGUACUAAAACAAAAAAGGCUGCACAGUGCAUUAUGUCUAGCAAAAUGGUAAAUAAAGAUUAAAACUAU